GAUGGAAAUGUUUACUGUGCAUCAGAAGUGUGCCCGGAAAUUAGCUGUCAGUUACGAAUUCGCCUUCCUGGUCAGUGUUGCGAAACAUGCCGAGGCUGUGUUUAUGAAGGGACGGAAUAUGCAAGCGACUCCACCUGGAUAUCGACAACAGAUCCAUGUCUGUCUUGCAGAUGCACUGGAGGCACUGUAUCUUGCACGAAUAUCUUAUGUCCUGUUGAGUGUGCUGAGCCUGUGCCUGUACCUGGUUAUUGUUGCCCUAUAUGUCCCGAAUGUGAAUUUGAAGGCAAAACUUACAAAUCUGGCGACGUUUUCGCCCCUUCCAGUCGGCCAUGUGAUAUAUGUACUUGUGAAUACGGGAAAGUAGUUUGCAUCAAACAUGAAUGUCCCGUUCUUAUUGGAUGCCCUGAAGAAUCCAUUAGACCACCCGCUGAAGGAGAAUGCUGUGAGACUUGCGCUGGUUUCGAUUCGUCAUGUUCUCGCGACCAGAUUGGGUUAUCCAUUCAUCCAACAAAUGACCCUUGCUUUUCCUGCCAAUGUACAGAAGAUUUUAUGUUAGCUUGCUCAAAGGAAAUUUGCCCUUACAUGAACUGUCCCUCGGAUAAAAUCAUCAGGUCAGCCAAAGAAUGUUGUCCGAAAUGUCAAGUUUGCGUGUCUCGAAAGGGUGAAAUUUAUAAUCAUGGAGAUUCAUGGAAGCAGGAGAGUGACCCUUGUACUCACUGUGUGUGUGAGUUCGGUUUCAUAACGUGUAAAAAGACUCAGUGUCCUGACAUCACAUGUGGGUUUAGAGAAACUGAAUUCAAACUUCCUGGAGAUUGUUGUCCUGUAUGUGCAUCUGAAUAUUAUCUGGCAUGCAACUACAGUGGCACUAUUUAUGAAAAUGGAGAAAAUUGGAAUCCUGAUCCGUGUACUACAUGCCAGUGCCGUAACGGUAAGAUGACCUGUCACAAUGAACGAUGCCUUCCGCUUCAAUGUCCAUCGGAUAUGAUUCGGUCUGUUGACCCGGGAAAAUGUUGUCCAAAAUGUAUUCCACGUCCAGCAACCUGCAUUGCCUUUGGUGAUCCUCAUUACCGAACAUUUGAUGGAGCUAUAGUAAGUUUCCAAGGAACUUGCCGUUACACUUUAACAGCUGACUGUUACAGCAGGAAAUUUUCUGUACUUGUCGAAAAUCAUGACAGGGGAUUUAAAGGAGUUUCAUGGACUUACCGAGUUGUAGUUGUACUCCAGAAUACGUCUGUGGAUCUGCGUUCUGGUCUAGAUGUUUAUGUUAAAGGAAGACGAGUGGAAUACCUCCCAUAUUUUGAAAAUCCUGCUCUGUAUGUAGAGAAAACUGGAUCUUCAAUUUUAGUCACGACUGAUGUUGGAGUACAGGUUCGUUGGAAUGGUGACGGCUACGUUGAAGUGAUCGUUUCUGGAGUUUAUAGAAACAAAACUUGUGGACUCUGUGGUAACUUUAAUAACUAUGCUCAAGAUGACAUGCGUACACCUACCGGCGCCAUUGUUUCUUCUGAGGCUUAUUUUGGCAACAGUUGGAAAUAUAAUGGUGUUCAACCAGAAGGAUGUACUGAGGCUGUAGAUAUCGAUCCUUGUUCUGUAGGAGGAUAUAGAAAGCGUAAACUUGCAAAUUCCAAAUGCUCCGUUCUCAAGCAAAGUUUAUUUGCUCCUUGUCAUCCCUUCAUUGCACCAGAGCCGUAUUUUGCUACAUGUGUAUACGACGUAUGUGCUUGCUCAGAGAAUGAUGAUUGCCUUUGCGAUGUAUUAUCUGCUUAUUCACAGGAAUGUUCUAAAGCUAACUUCAUUUUAAAUUGGAGAAGUGAGGGAUUAUGUGGUAUCUAUUGUUCAGAAGAUGAAGGUUUAGUUUUUGAUGAAUGUGGUCCGGCUUGUCCAAGAACGUGCGAAAAUAAAAAUCUUCCUUUGGACGUUCUAGCAUCUCAGUGCUUUAAGCCAUGUGUACCAGGAUGUCAGUGUUCAGCUGAUAAAGUACUCCAUAAUGGAAGAUGCAUUCGACCAGAAUUUUGUCCAUGAAGGCAAUUACUUAAAUUCCUUUAGUUUAAUAAAUGCAAACUGUAUUUUUAAAAAAUCUCCUACCUAUGCAAAAUUGUAACUCAUUGUAUUAAAACCUGCAUGGACAGAAACUUGGAGUCAAUGAUUAGGUUCUUAAAGGAAAUAUAUAAAGUAUGUAUUUUGCUAAUAUUUAGCUUCAUGUUUCGUACAGAACUGUUACAUUUGGUGGUAAAGGAAAUAAAUUAUCAUUUACAAAACAUG